AUGUUACUUAGUAUUAUAGACUGCGGAAUGGUGGAUUAUUGCUACCAACCCGCACAGUACCACCGUCCUCCGGGGCAUGACUACACUCAGCAGGAAGAAGAAUGGGAUCGCGAAGGUCUUCUGGAUCCAGCUUGGGAAAAACAGCAGAAAAAGACUUUCACUGCUUGGUGCAACUCCCAUCUCCGUAAAGCUGGUACUAACAUUGAAGUAAUAGAAGAAGACUUCAAGAAUGGUUUGAAAUUGAUGCUUCUCCUCGAGGUUAUCUCGGGUGAACCUCUCCCAAGACCUGAUAGAGGAAAGAUGAGAUUCCACAAGAUCGCCAAUGUGAACAAAGCUUUAGCGUACAUCGAGAGCAAAGGUGUUAAGCUUGUUUCUAUUGGAGCUGAAGAAAUUGUUGACGGAAAUGUCAAAAUGACUCUUGGUCUCAUUUGGACUAUUAUCCUCCGUUUCGCAAUUCAAGAUAUCAACGUUGAGGAACUUUCUGCUCGCGACGGUCUUCUUCUGUGGUGUCAACGUAAAACUGCUCCAUACAACAAUGUGAAUGUUCAAAACUUCCAUAACUCAUGGAAGGAUGGAUUAGCCUUCUGUGCACUCAUUCACAGACAUCGUCCGGAUCUUCUUGAUUAUGAUCGCCUUCAUAAGGGAGACCCUAUCGGAAACCUCAACCUUGCUUUCGAUAUUGCCGAGAAGCAUUUGGACAUCCCAAAAAUGCUUGACGCUGAAGAUAUGGUUAACUCGCAUCCCGAUGAAAAAGCCGUCAUGACUUAUGUCUCUUGUUAUUAUCAUUACUUUAGUGGUAUGAGAAAGGCUGAGACAGCAGCCAACCGUAUUUGCAGAGUCUUGAAAGUUAAUCAAGAAAAUGAAAAGAUGAUGCAAGAUUAUGAGAACCUUGCCAGUGAUCUCUUGGCAUGGAUCAACCGUUGGAUGCCAUGGUUAUCCAACCGUUCCUCUGAUGACACUUUGGCUGUCGCAAGACAAAAGUUGGAAGAUUAUAGAAACUACAGAAGACACGAAAAACCACCAAGAAUUGAGGAUAAAGGAAAGUUAGAAAUGUUGUUUAACACUCUUCAAACUAGACUUCGUCUUUCUAAUCGUCCAGCAUUCCUUCCAAAAGAUGGACAUCUUGUCAAAGAUAUCAACAAUGCUUGGGGAAGACUUGAAGAUUCCGAGAAAGGUUUCGAAGAAUGGCUUCUUAGUGAAAUCAUGAGACUCGAAAGACUGGAACAUCUUGCCGAGAAGUUCCGUCAUAAAUGUGCCUUGCAUGAAGAGUGGGCUUUCGGUAAAGAAGAUUCUCUCAGAAGCAAUGAUUGGAAGAGCUGUGGUCUUUAUAAAAUCAAGGCUCUGCGAAAGCGUCAUGAAGCAUUCGAAAGUGAUUUGGGAGCACAUCAAGAUCGUGUUGAGCAAAUUGCUGCUAUCGCGCGCGAGCUCAACAAUCUCAGAUAUCCUGAUAUCGGACCUGUAAACGCUAGAUGCCAAAACAUUUGUGCUCAGUGGGAUCGUUUGGGUCAACUUGCUGCUCAACGACGAUCAACUCUUGAAGAAGCCGAACGUGUUGCUGAGCGCUUGGAUGCUCUCUAUCUUGACUUUGCCAAGAGAGCUGCUCCAUUCAAUAACUGGCUUGAUGGAGCUCGUGAAGAUUUAGCCGACAUGGUCAUUGUGCACGAAAUGAGAGAGAUCGAAGAACUUUGCUCAGCUCAUGAUCAGUUCAAAUCUACUUUAGGAGAUGCUGAACGAGAAUUCCAGAGUGUUAGCGGAAUUGAACAGGAAAUCAUCCGUCUUGUUGAGACUCACAAACUCGACCGAGAGUUAUUACAUAACCCCUACACCGACCUUAGCGCUGGUGACAUUCGUAGAAAGUGGGGAGAAGUUCAACAAGCAGUUCCACGUCGUGACUCCCAACUCCAAACUGAACUUCGUCGUCAACAAAAUAACGAACGUCUUAGAACUAUUUUCGCGGAAAAGGCCAACCAAGUUGGACCAUGGCUCGAACGUGAAUUGGAGAAAGUCUUGGCAAUUGGCCUAGGAGGAAGCGGACGUCUUGAAGAUCAUAUUCAUCAACUCCGUGCUAUUCAAAACAGCGUUUUGGGAGAUAAGUUCAAUUUGGAUGAGCUUGAGAGAAUUCAUCAAGAAAUGCAAGAAAACUAUGUUUUCGAGAACAGAAAGAGCAGGUAUUCAAUGGAAUCACUCCGUGUUGGAUGGGAAAGUUUAUUGACAAGUAUAAACAGAACUAUUAACGAAUUCGAAAAUCAGAUUCUUCUUCGUGACAGUAAGGGUAUUUCUGAAGAACAGAUUAAUGAAUACAAAGCUUCAUUUAAUCACUUCGACAAAGAUAGACAAGGUCUUGAUCCUGAACAAUUGAGAUCUUGUUUAAUCUCUGUUGGUUAUAACAUUCGUCCAGGAAAGGAGGGUGAUGCUGAUUUGUUCCGUAUUUUAUCUCAAGUAGAUCCCAACAAAAUGGGAAGAGUACCAUUCGAUGCCUUCCUUGAUUUCAUGACUGCUGAAAAUGCUGACAGUGACACCGUUGAACAAAUGAUCGACUCUUUCAGAAUUCUUGCCGCUGGGAAGCCUUUCAUUACUUCUGACGAAUUACGCAGAGAACUUCCACCUGAUCAGGCCUCUUAUUGUAUGGCUAGAAUGGCUCCUAGUCAAGAUCCCCAGGCUCCUCAUGGUUCUUAUGAUUACGUAACAUUCAGCAGAAGCUUAUAUAACCAUUAA